AUGACGUCACCGAGAUGGAUGGUGAUAAUAAUAUUGAUGUUGAUAAUAAUAGUAAAAGUUGAGGCCGAUCUAGAUUCACCGAGAUAUGGACAUGGAGCUGUAUUAAUAAAUAACAAAAUAUAUAUUUAUGGUGGACGUAUAGUUACUGACAUAUGUCAACCAUCGUAUCCAAUGGAUGAUGAAAAUAUAAAUAUUACUAAUGAAUUUAUUAUUCUUGAUGUAUCAAAAACAUUUAAUACUGAUAAACCAUCAUGGGAAGUUAAUAAUAAUGGUAGUGAUACUAAUCCAAAAUUAUUUAAUCAUGGAAUAACUUCUGAUGGAAACAAUUCGAUGAUACUUUUUGGGGGUAUUACUGAUAAUACUUAUAAUUCAGAUGAUUCAGAUGAUUCAGAUGAUUCGAUAUUAUGGUAUUGUCAUACCAAUAGCAUCUUAGAAUUUCAAUCAUCUAAUGUAAAUAAAGAAAAAAUUUCAAGCAGAUGUUUAUUUGGUAUGGUUUCAGAUAAUACUGAUACAUAUAUAAUUGGUGGAGCUUAUUCCCUAAAUAUGUCAUCAAUACUACCAGUACAAGGAAUAGUUUCUAUAGAUAUAAAUAGUAUUGAAUCUGAUAGUAUCAUUUCUAAGUUUAUUAAUGCAAAUGUGACUAGUUAUGAUCAUACAGCAACACUUUUAGAUGGAAAGAUUUAUGUUAUCGGUGGAAUUCAUUAUUAUAAUAUAAGAUCAGGAUGUUAUGUAGAGAUGUCAUCAAUUGGUGUUUAUGAUAUUAAAGAUGGUAAAUGGAGUACAAAGCAAGCAACUGGUGAUAUACCUGAUCGACGUAGAGCGCAUAGAGCCGUCGGAGUUAACGGUACAAUAAUAAUUCAUGGUGGAUUUAACGAAACCGUAUAUACAAAUGACUUAUUCAGAUUGGACGUUUCAACAUUAACAUGGGAGAAACUUAGUAUCACGGGUCCAGAUCCUGGAUCACGAUAUAGUCAUACAUUUACUUUAGUGGGAAAUUAUAUUAUUGGCACUUAUGGCCUAUCAAAAACAAAUACAUCAAGUAAUAUCUUCAUUCUUGACCUACAAAAUUCCUCAUGGACAAAUGAAUAUAUUUUCCCUUCCUCCACUCCCUCCCCUUCCCCCACUCCUUCCACCCCCUCCCCUUCCCCCACUAGUUCAACGAAUACAUCUAACUCUAACUCUACUUACAAUUCAACAACAACAACUCAUACAGAUCUUCCAAUUUUAGUUUGGGCAAUUAUUGGUGGAGUUAUAAUAUUCUUGGUCUUAAUUUGUCCAUUUGUAUUUUGUUUAAAAAAGAUAAGAUAUAAUAAUAGACCUAACAGAUUAUUAGCUGAACUUGCAGAUAGAUCACCAACUGUUGUUCCAGAACUUCAACCAUAUAGGUAUCAUCAACCAUUUCAACAACGUUAUCAACAAAUUCAUCCAUAUCAACAUCGUAUGCCAUCUCAACGACAGAGACAUCUACCAUCUCAACGUCAAAAACGUAAUCUAUCUCAACGUGAAAAACGUCAGCUAUCUCAACGUCAACAAUAUCAACCACAUCAACAAUAUCAAUCACAUCAACCACAACAACUAUAUCAAACACAUCAACUACAUCAACCACAUCAACUAUAUCAACCACAUCAAUCACCACAACAACUACAUCAACCACAACAACUAUAUCAACAAUAUCAACUUAAUCAACAAUAUCAACUUAAUCAACAAUAUCAAGAAUAUCAACAAUAUCAUCAAUAUUCUAAAGGAGAAAGUUAUGAUACAAAUAUAAUUCCACUCGUCUAUCCAAAAAAUAGACGAGGAAGUGUAGAAUCUGAUACAACAAAAACAUUACCAUUUGAAGAUCAACAACAAGAUUUUCAAAAUUAUUUAAAAGGUGGUGGUGAUGAUAAUAAUAAUAAAUCUAAUACAAAUACAAUUGUUGGAGAUAUUAUUAAUAGUAAUGGAUUGUUUGGUGGAAGAUCAUCAGCUAAAAGAACGCCAUCCGUUGAAUCUAUUGAAGUGGAAAAUUCCGAUUCACCUUCACCAUUUAAAUAUCACAAUUUAAAUUUAAAUCAUCUUCAAAAUUAUGAUUUAAAUAGAUCACAACCUACUUUAAAUUCAUCCGAAGAUAUUACUACAUUAACUCCAUCAAGUUCCGUACCACCGAUACCAAAACAAUCAAUAAAAAUUCCAUUAUUUAAAACUGGAGCUGUAUCACCAAGAACAUCUUUUGAUUUUAGAAGUGGAACUUCGGAUAGUUUAUAUCGUACAGCAAUAUCUUCACCAACUGGAAUAAGGAAUAAUAAUGAAGAUAAUUAUAAUUAUAGUAACAUUACUGGUGAUAGUGGUGGAGGAAGAUUAUUUUAUUCUAAUAAAGAUUUAGAUGAUUCGGAUGAUUACGAGAGUAAUUGA